AUGGAUCCAUCAGAAUUUCUUUUUGAUGUUGAAGCUUACAAGAGGCAGUCUGAAAUUGAAGAGAGGUAUAUCAUCAACCGGUUUAGGGAGCGUCGAAACAAGAUAGAGGAAGACUAUGCAGCUCGUAGCAAGAGAAAAUACUUCAAAAGAGAUCAUGCAGCAGCAAAUCAAAGACUAAUUGACGACUACUUUGCCAAUCAACCUACAUAUGACGAUGCAAUGUUUCGUCGGCGAUUCCGGAUGCGAAAACAUAUUUUCCUUCGGAUCGUUGGAGACCUAUCAAGCAGCAACAACUACUUUACCCAACGAUCUGACGCAACCAAGAAAGAAGGUAUAUCUCCAUUAGCAAAAUGUACUAUGGCCAUGCGAAUGUUAGCUUAUGGUGUGGCAGCUGACGCGGUGGAUGAAUACAUCAAAAUUGGAGGUACUACUGCUUUAGAGUGCUUGCGAAGAUUUUGUAAAGGAAUCAUACGGCUGUAUGAACAAGAGUAUCUCAGAGCCCCAACUCAAGAUGACCUCCAGAGAAUUUUACGUGUUAGUGAGAUGCAAGGGUUUUCGGGGAUAAUUGGGAGUAUUGAUUGCAUGCACUGGGAAUGGAAAAAUUGUCCUACAGCGUGGGAAGGUCAAUUUAGUCGGGGAGAUAAAGGAACCACAACUGUUAUUCUUGAAGCAGUUGCAUCUCAUGAUCUAUGGAUCUGGCAUGUUUUUUUUGGAUGUCCGGGCACGUUGAACGAUAUAAACGUUCUAGACCGUUCACCGGUGUUCGAUGAUGUUGAACAAGGAAAUACUCCAAAAGUGAAUUUCUUUGUGAACCAACGUCCAUAUAAUAUGGCUUACUAUCUAGCUGAUGGUAUCUAUCCUUCUUAUCCUACUUUUGUCAAAUCAAUUAGGUUACCUCAAAGUGAACCAGGCAAGUUAUUUGCACAACGUCAGGAGGCGUGUCGGAAGGACAUCGAACUUGCAUUUGGAGUGUUGCAGGCUCGAUUUAAAAUCAUUAGUGAACCAGCUCGCCUGUGGGACAUAGCCGAUUUAGCUAUCAUCAUGAGGUCGUGUAUCAUAUUGCAAAUCAUAUUGCAUAAUAUAAUUGUUGAGGAUGAACGAGAGACAUAUGCUCAACAUUGGACUGAUUAUGAUCAAUCUGAGGCAAGUGGGUCGAGUACACAACAAACAUUCUCGACCGAAGUGCUACCCGUAUUUGCAAAUCAUGUGCGUUCUAGAUCCGAGUUGCGUGAUUCAAAUGUACAUCACAAAUUGCAAGCAGAUCUAGUUGAACACAUAUGGACCCAAUUCGGAAUGUUCCGUGGUGAAUGA